GGACCCGGAAGCGGCGGCGGCGGCUCCCGGCGGGUUCCGGUCGCUCCCGGUCGGUCCAGAUCCCGCUCCUGCUCCCGGCGGCGGCUGCCGGAGGGUCCCGAUCCCGGCGGGCCCCGGUCCCGGCGCGGCACGGGCAUGGCGGGCCGCGGGAAGCUGAUCGCCGUGAUGGGCGAUGAGGACACGGUGACCGGGUUCCUGCUGGGCGGCAUCGGCGAGCUGGACAAGCACCGGCGGCCCAACUUCCUGGUGGUGGAGAAGGAGACGAGCCUGGCCGAGAUCGAGGAAACCUUUCGGGGUUUCCUGGCGCGGGAGGACGUGGGGAUGAUCCUGAUCUCGCAAGCGCUGGCGGAGCAGAUCCGGCCGGCGGUCGCAGCCCACGCCCGGGCCCUGCCCGCGGUGCUCGAGAUCCCCUCCAAGGACCACCCGUACGACCCGGCCCGGGACUCGGUGCUGCGCCGCGCCCGCGGGCUCUUCGCUCCCGAUGAGCUGCGAUAGAGGCCCCGGGCACCCCCGGACCUUCAAAUCCCCCCGUGCCCCACCUAGGAACCUCCAGCCUCCCCCAGGACCCCAGAAACCCUCCCUGGUACCUCUAAAUGCCACAGGAGCCCUCCCGAACAUCCCUUGGACAGCAAAAACCACCAACAGUCCCCCUGGUACUCCCUCGGUAUCCCCAAACCACCUCAGCCACCCCAAACUGCCCCUCUGUGCUGCGCUCGUGGCCUCCUCGUGCCCGACCACCUGUGGCACCUCCCCAGCCCCCUCAGCCUCUUCACACCCAACAGACCCCACCUGGUGCCCCAGAACAGCCCCUGGCAUCCCACGGGGUCUCCAGCACAGGGAAAUCCUCCUGGGAGUUCCUGGCAGUUCCCACAUCUGAUGGUCCCCACCCCACUGGGUCCCCAGCCCACCCCAGGGUGCUGCCUGGGGGUCAUACGGGGUGCCUGUGGGUGCUGUGAGGUGCCUGAGGGUGUCCCACAGGUCUGGGGGGUGACAGAGAGACCCUGGUGUGUCCCUGAGGGGGCCCCACGGGUGCCCCGUGACCGUGUCUCAGCUGCGUCCCGUGACAGGGAAGUGCCACCACCGGAUCCCGCCGGAUCCCGCCUGCGGGCAGGGAGGGACAGCAGGGAGGGGGGGCCAGGGACACCCCAAGGACACCAGGAGUUGUCACUGUGACCUUGUUGCCAUCCCCACAGCCCUCCCUCAGCCCCCCUGCCCUGGUAGCACCCUGGGGUGGGGGGGUGUCUGGUAUUUAUUGCCCUCCCCCUGUAACCAAGUGACGUUUGUGUCCCCCCCAUGUGUGUGUCUUCUCAGUGUCCCCAACAUGUGCUGACACCACUCAUCA